AAAGUUAUAUCUAAUUUUAUGUGUAAAAUUUAAAAUCUAUAAGCAAAAAUUAAAAUAUAUAUGAGAUAUAAUUUUUUUAAGGAUUAAAACAAUAAAUAAGAAAAUAUUUAUGAAUCAUAAAGAUGAUGUGUGAUUGUAGGAACCAAAAUACAAAUACAAAUAUGAAACUUCAAUUUGAAGUUUUGAGUAUUGAAACUUCAAAUAUAAAGUUUCAUUCUUCUUUGAAGUUUUGAAAUUUCUUUUUAAAGAGCAAAAAACUUUAUAUUUGAAGUUAUAGAGUAUCUUUUAAAGCAUAGAGAUGUUCUAACAUCAUGUAAAAUAAAACUCGACCAAGAAGCUUUUGGUCAACCUUACGUCGACAGAAAGGUUACUUCACUUUUGGAACGAUAGGAGAGAAAUACCUUUUAGACCUGAUUACAAAGAAGUCGAAUGAAUUUAUUUGUUUUCUUCUUUAAUUAGAUGCCAACCCUAGCGUUCAGAUAAUGUUUUCUAUAUAAAAGAAAGAAGAAAUAAUUCCCGCGCAGUCAGGGGGUAUUAUCAGUAUUUCUCUAGACUAGAGGCUAUAUAAAGAACCCUAGUAAAGGCCAUAUACUCCAUCUCUCUCACUCCCAUAUAAUUACAAAAAUUUGUCAAAACAAAAAAAGUAUGGGAACAAACGAUACAACAUGUCCAGGACCAAUGAAAGCAACCUCUAAUGGAGUCUUUCAGGGAGAGAAUCCUCUGCAUUACGCGUUGCCUCUUCUGAUACUUCAGAUCUGCAUCGUUCUUUUUCUUACUCGUGCUCUUGCUUUCCUCCUCCGUCCUCUCCGGCAACCACGUGUCAUCGCCGAGAUAGUGGGUGGAAUAUUACUUGGACCAUCAGCUCUUGGGAAGAGCUCAAAGUUUCUCAGCACUGUUUUUCCAGCAAAGAGUCUAACGGUGUUAGACACACUUGCAAACCUAGGACUCCUCUUCUUCCUCUUCCUCGUUGGUCUCGAGCUUGAUCCCAAAUCCCUCAAGCGAACAGGAAAGAAAGCUCUCUCCAUCGCUCUAGCUGGAAUCACUCUCCCUUUCAUCUUCGGAAUCGGAACUUCGUUUGCUCUCCGUAGCUCCAUUGCCGAUGGUGUUAGCAAAGCUCCUUUCCUUGUCUUCAUGGGCGUUGCUCUCUCCAUCACAGCGUUCCCCGUUUUGGCUCGUAUUCUCGCUGAGAUCAAGCUUCUGACAACUGAUAUUGGAAAGAUUGCUUUGUCUGCCGCUGCGGUUAAUGACGUGGCAGCUUGGAUCCUACUUGCUCUAGCGGUGGCUCUCUCCGGCGACGGGAGCUCUCCUUUAACAUCUCUAUGGGUGUUUCUUGCCGGUUGCGGUUUUGUCCUGUUCUGUAUCUUUGCCGUGCAGCCAGGGAUGCAGUGGCUUGCGAAACGUUGUCCUGAAGGGGAACCGGUUAAAGAACAUUACGUUUGUCUCACGUUAGGGGUUGUUCUUGCUGCUAGCUUCGUGACGGAUCUUAUUGGGAUUCACGCGCUGUUCGGUGCGUUUGUGAUCGGUGUUAUCUUUCCUAAAGAAGGUCAUUUCGCGAGUUCUUUGGUUGAGAAAGUUGAGGAUCUCGUGUCAGGCCUUUUCUUGCCGCUUUACUUCGUCUCAAGCGGUUUGAAGACUGAUGUUGCGACCAUACAAGGAGCUCAGUCUUGGGGACUGUUGGUUUUGGUUAUAUUCAAUGCUUGUUUUGGUAAGAUCGUCGGCACGGUGGUGGUUUCUCUUUACUGCAAAGUUCCCCUUGACGAGUCAUUAGCACUAGGUUUCUUGAUGAACACGAAAGGUCUUGUUGAGCUCAUUGUCCUCAACAUUGGUAGAGACAGAGGGGUUUUGAACGAUCAAGUUUUUGCUAUAAUGGUUCUAAUGGCUAUAGUCACCACGUUCAUGACGACUCCUCUAGUCUUAGCAGUUUAUAAACCGGGCAAAUCCUUAACCAAAGGGGAGUACAAUAACCGAACGGUCGAGGACACAAACCAGUCGAACAAACCGCUUUGUCUUAUGUUCUGUUUCCAGAGUAUAAUGAACAUUCCCACGAUAGUCAACCUCAUAGAAGCAUCACGAGGCACGAACCGUAAAGAAAGUCUAUCAGUCUACGCCAUGCAUCUCAUGGAGCUCUCGGAGAGAUCAUCAGCUAUUCUAAUGGCACACAAGGUCAGAAGAAACGGUCUUCCUUUCUGGAACAAGGACAAAACCGGUAACUCUUCCGACAUGGUGGUGGUCGCAUUCGAGGCUUUCCAGAGACUCAGCCGUGUCUCAGUGCGUCCAAUGACAGCAAUCUCAGCUAUGGCGACUAUACAUGAAGAUAUAUGCCGAAGCGCUGAAAGCAAACGCACCGCUAUGGUGAUUCUUCCGUUUCAUAAGCACGUUAGGCUUGACAGAACGUGGGAGACGACAAGGAACGACUACCGUUUGAUUAACAAGAAGGUUAUGGAGGAAGCUCCAUGUUCUGUCGCGAUUCUUGUUGAUCGUGGCCUUGGUGGUACGACACGAGUCGCGUCCAGUGAUUUCACGUUGGUGAUAACGGUUUUGUUUUUUGGAGGGAAUGAUGAUCGCGAGGCGUUAGCGUUUGCGGUUCGUAUGGCGGAACAUCCUGGUAUUAGCCUAACCGUGAUUCGGUUUAUUCCUAGUGAAGAAUUUAAACCGGAAAAUGUGAAGCUGGAGAUAACCGAAGAUCAAGCCGGUUCAUGUUCAGGAGAAACUAAGUUGACUGAUAUAGAAGCUAUAGCCGAACUUAAAGCAAAGGUUAAAGAACAAGAAAGCUCUCGUUCUGAUUCAGACAUCGAAUCUAAGAUCAUUUACGAAGAUAAAAUCGUGAGAUGCCACGAUGAAAUUUGCGAGGUUAUAAAAGAAUAUUCAAGAAGCAAUCUUUUCUUGGUGGGGAAGUCACCCGAAGGUUCGGUGGCGUCGGGGUUAAACGUGGGAAGAAGCGACACGCCGGAGCUUGGGCCUGUCGGGAAUUUGUUAACUUCAAGUGAAAGUGUUUCCACGUCAGCGUCGGUGUUGGUGGUGCAACAAUAUGUAGCAAGUUGUGAUUCUCCGGCGGUGGGAGUUCUGAAGAGCACCACGAAAGGAGUGUUGCCGGUUGAGGAUUCCAAGAGUCCUUAAGGGAUUAUCUUUGUGAUUCCAAGAUUUGAAAGGUCAAAAGAAUUGGCUUGUGUAAUAACAUCUGUUUCAUAAUGUAAAAUAUUAAAUGUGAAUGUAUGCUUUCUGUGUUAAAAAAUUCAUUUGAUCUCUAUAUGGAUUAGAUUAGCAAAGUGGAAGUAUUACAAAGCCCAUUAUUAGUCAACGUUUUGAACAUGAUUGUUAUUAGUAAAACAUCUAAGCAAUUUACAUUCAGAUGGCAUUUUUUUAUUUGGUCAUCAGUUCAUGUGCCAAUUCGAUAUCAUUUGAUGCUAAGUUUAAUAUUUAUUUAGUCUCGUCUAGAUAAUUGGCGGAUGACGAGAGAAAAUGAAAUCAUGAAAGGUCGUCAUGUUAAUACAAUCUCGUUUACAAUACAUCAUGAUCCUUAUGUCACACAAUCUACAAAAAUCUGACUUAUAGACUUAAUGAAUAUGAAGUUCUAAUCCCGCAGACCGUACAUCUUUAUUAAAUUAAUUUUCUUCAGGAAAGUAGAACUCCCCCCAAAAUAAAUCAAGUUUGCGAUCCCUUAAUUUAAUUUAGGUAAUCCAAGAGUUUCAGACACUACGCUAAUUCUUCGUAGCUUUAAAAUUUAACGAAGUUAGAACUGAAGUUGUUUUUCAUGAACCAAAAGCCGUCUACUUUCGACAUGGGUCUACUUUUAAAUCAUUAAGGGACAAAAGAGCAGUUAGGCAACUAAACCCCUUUGAACUGUUUUAAAGAAAAAAUCCUCUUGUUUGACUUUUUGCCAUUUGUGCUUUUAUUUCACGUGUUAGGAAAAGGAGUUAGUGACAAUAGUAUUGACUCUUAUUCUAGUUUUUAAAAUAAAUAUUAGAAAAUACGAUUUCUUAAUUGAUUGAAAGUUUUAUUUUCUGGUAUGUUGAAAUUAAUUGUUUGGAAGUUUCUCGGAUGUUUCUUUUGUACGUUUGUCUUACACCGAAAGUAAAGCGAGAGAGGGAAUAAUUACUCUCCAUGAGAUGGCCAUGUAUUAACUAAUUUAUCCUGAAACACACAAUAAUCAUAUAAAAUAAGUUAGAUAUACAAACCUGAUCCUUUUCCUGUCAACAAUACAAGUUUGGUUCGUGAUUUUAAGUAAUAAAAAAAAGUUUUCGGUAACAAAAAUAUUGUUGUUCUUUAGUUUAUAUACGUAUCUAAAAUCUGAGAUCAAUUAGUUUUGUUCGAAACUAUGAAAUUCUCUUUGAAAAAGCUAUCGUUCAACCAAACAAGCAAUCCAUAAACGUUAGGUUCUAGAAUGUAUAAACCAAUCAAUUAUACAUUCUAUUCUCUUGAUUUUCGCAUGUUUGGUAUGAGUAGAGUCGUGUUACAGCCCAACCACAAUACUAUUGUAUGUCGGGUGGAGUUUUAUUUUCAUAUCUUUAUAUUUUCUUAUAACUAAAUGAAUCAAACAAUAUCCUAAUAGGAAUGUUCAAGAUACUAAGAUUAGACUUCAAGAUACUACAAAACUGGAUUUUGAAAAAUAGUAAUAGAAAAAUUAGAAUGCGCAAAUAACAAAAAAAACAAGUUAGUAUAAAAAAUAUAUAAAAAUAUUUUAUGUGUAUUCUAAACCGAUAGUUUUGUUUGACGAAACCGCUAUCUGAUUUGUUCAAAAAAAAAUUGUUGAAAAAAGCUUGAACGUGCCUAGGUUUGGUGAUUUAUUUGACAAGUCACCUAUACUUUAACCACUGGACCGCACAUGAGUGAUGGGCGUUCGUAAAUCGUAAUACUAACUACUAAGGCAAUGUUCCUAAAUACUUUCUCUUCCAAUAACUGUCCUUUUUCAAUUUUCGCUUAACACAUUCUUUUUCUAUGUCAAUUUAUGUCU